GGGGCCCCGCCCCUGCCGAACUACAGUUCCCGGUAGGCAUCGCGGCAACGCUUACGGUGACGAAGGUAGUUACCAUGGAGUUGCGCUGAGUAACCCGGAGGUAGUGGGACGCCUGGGCUGGAGGGGAAGCCGCUGCGGGGGGUAUUUCCAUUUUAACAGGGAACAAUCCCUGAACCCAAAGGAAUGAAUCCCUAAUGGUGGAGUUUCAGGCAUCAGUGACAGGCUGAACCCGGACUCCCAGGGCCCAUGCUUACACCUGACAAAUGAUGGCUUGAGCUAUGAGCAAACAGGACUAUAUGAACAUUGCGGUGCAGGAGCCCCCUCUUGACUACUCCUUCCGAAGCAUCCACGUGAUCCAAGAUCUGACAAGCGAGGAGCCAAGGAGAGGGCUACGACCACUAAGGCACUCAAAGUCAGGGAAGUCACUGACCCAGUCCCUGUGGCUGAACAACAAUGUCCUCAAUGAUCUGAAAGACUUCAGCCAUGUGGUUUCACAGCUGCUGGAGCAUCCAGAGAAGCUGGCCUGGAUCGACCUGUCCUUCAAUGACCUGACUUCCAUUGACCCUGUCCUGACAACCUUCUUCAACCUGAGUGUUCUCUAUCUUCAUGGCAACAGCAUCCAGCGCCUGGGAGAGGUGAAUAAGCUGGCUGUCCUCCCUCGGCUCCGGAGCCUGACACUCCAUGGGAACCCCAUAGAGGAAGAGAAGGGGUAUAGCCCGAGUCUUCCCCACAGGCAAUAUGUGCUGUGCACCCUGCCCUGUGUCACCACGUUCGACUUCAGUGGGGUCACCAAAGCAGACCGCACCACAGCUGAAGUGUGGAAACGCAUGAACAUCAAGCCCAAGAAGGUCCGGAUCAAGCAGAAUACACUCUGGACCAUGUCGCCCGCCAUCGCGCUGGCCUUCCUGCCACUGGUGGUGACAUUGCUCGUGCGGUACCGGCACUACUUCCGACUGCUAGUGCGCACAGUCUUGCUGCGGAGCCUCCGAGACUGCCUGUCAGGAUUGCGGAUUGAGGAGCGGGCCUUCAGCUAUGUGCUCACCCACACCUUGCCUGGGGACCCUGGUCAUAUCCUCACCACCCUGGACCACUGGAGUAGCCACUGCGAGUACCUGAGCCACAUGGGGCCUAUCAAAGGUCAGAUCCUGAUGCGGCUGGUGGAAGAGAAGGCCCCCGCUAGUGUGCUGGAACUGGGCACCUACUGCGCGUACUCCACACUCUUUAUUGCCCGUGCCCUGCCCCCUGGAGGUCGCCUUCUCACUGUGGAGCGGGACCCACGCACAGCAGCAGUGGCUGAAAAACUCAUCCGCCUGGCUGGCUUCGACGAGCGCACGGUAGAGCUCAUCGUGGGUAGAUCAGAGGAGGUGAUCCCACGCCUACGGACCCAGUACCAGCUGAGUCGGGCAGACUUGGUGCUCCUGGCACACCGGCCCCGAUGUUACCUGCGGGACUUGCAGCUGCUGGAGGCCCACGCCCUGCUGCCAGCUGGUGCCACUGUGUUAGCUGACCAUGUGCUCUUCCCUGGUGCACCCCGCUUCCUGCAGUACACCAAGAGCUGUGGCCGCUACCGCUGCCGCCUCCAUCACACUGGCCUCCCAGACUUCCCUGCCAUCAAGGACAGCAUAGCCCAGCUCACCUAUGCAGGGCCUGGUUGAGGUCCAGGCCCAGGGGUACUUACUGCGGCCCCCGCACCCCCACCCAAGCAAGGACCUCAGAACAUUCCCUCCCCUCCCUGCUUGUGGCCUGACACAUGCUAGACUCAGGGCUGGAGAGCCUCUAUUCCCACCUCUGCCCCACUCCAGCUCCACACUGACAUGAGGCAUCAAGUUCUGUCAGGCUGCUUGGUCCCACUGGUCCCCCUCCUUCCAGAGAGAGCCAUGGACCGACAGGCAAGAGGCCUGAGCUCCCAACCCAGCCCUGUCACUGAUUUGCUGGGUGACUCCAGGAGAGUCCCUGUCCUGCUCUGAGAUUUAAUUUGCUCUGUUAACACCAAGGAAGCUAGGUGGGAGCACUCCAGGGGCCUCCCAGCUCUGAGCCUCAGAAAGCCUGCCCUGCCCAGCUUGUGCCAUUCUGGGUGGGAUCAGAGGAGACAGUAAACACCAAGUUAGACGCCUUGCAGGAAUGGCUGGGUGCAAGCUGGGACAGAGGAAAUGGCAAUGGAGCCUGAGCCUAGGGCCAGGGCCACCCUGGCCUUCCCUAGCCCUUGCCCAUGUGGCCAAGUAGGUUUGCCUGAAGUCCCUUG